AUGCAUGCUAUAGCAUUUUUAAUCGUAAAUUUUAUUCCGAUUAUGAUAGCGCUUUGUAAUAUUUUCAAAUUUCAUUAUAUUGAAGUCCAUUUAAGCCAAACAAAUAUAAAGUUAAUAAAAAAAUAUAAUAAUAUAAAUGACAAUUCUGACGAUAAUGAAGUGAAUAAUAUUAUUAAAGAAUUAGAAGAGAAUAUAUCAAAAUAUUAUAUACCACAACAUAUAACUGUGGUAAUAACUUUAGGAAUAUACCAAUUUACUUUCAUAAUAUUUUGUUUUAUUCUAUUGAAAAUAAGAUCUUGGAGAUGGAUUAAGAAAUCUAAAUUAGAUAACAAAAAAAAAGCAGUUCAUAUUAUUUAUCAACUUGAAGAGACAUUAUUUCUAAUUACAACUUCAUUUCUUGGAAUUUGGUUAUUAGAAGUAUACAUUUUAUAUUAUGGGCGGUCAGGAGACGCUUUUGGAAUAAUUUUUGGAGUAAUCAGUGAUUUAUUGGGUAUACCAACCGUGUUGUUUUUAAUAAUUUUGAAUGUUAACACAAUCUUAUGUCAGAAAUACAUUGAUGAAAAAGUUGUUGCACAAAGAAAAGAGCAAAACUUAAACUUAAAAAAAUUAAGUAUAAAUGAAUGGAAAUUUGAACUUGAAUCAGAAAUUUCACUAUUAGAGAUUAUAAGCAUUAAAAAUGACAAUAAUAACAAAAAUAAUGAGGAUGUUGAUGAUGAAAUUGAAAAAAAUACUUCAAAACAAGAACAUAGCGUUGAAAUUUCUUUUAAUGCACAAUCAGAUAUUAUGAUACAAACAAAUUAUCCUUUACCAAAUGCUUUUAAGAAAGGAUUCGCUACAAAAAAUCAUUCGACUGACAGAUUACCUGGUUGUGAUACACAUUCAGUUGGAUUUCAUUCAGACGAAGGUAGAACAUUUCACAAUGAAGGGUAUACAGGUUCAAAAUAUGCAGAAAAAUGGGGUGAAGUAAAUGAUAUAAUAGGUUGUGGUUAUUGUCCAAAUACCGGACAAGUCUUCUUUACAAUGAACGGUAAAUAUUUAGGUAUCGCUUACACUGGAUUAUUUCAUACUACUUGGUAUCCUACAAUUGGUUCUAAUGGUGUUUGUAGUUUAAAAGUUAAUUUUGGUCAAGAAGAAUUUAAAUAUAAAGAAGCUAAUGAUAUAAGUAUUGCUGGCAUGAUUUCUUCUUAUAAAGUCAAUGAUUAA